AUGAAGGAGACACCUCAUGAAGAAACAUUACCAUCAGAGAAUACAUGCGAGUGUGGGAAAGAAAUAGGUGAGCUGAAAAAAACGGAUUAAGGAACUAGAGAAGCAUCGAGAGAUAGAAACAUUUGGUGGUGCGAAGGUUUAUGGCAAGUGAUUUGGAUAUCAGAUUUUACACGGGACUUCCUGAUUAUGCAACGUUUGUUUCUUUCAUGAAUUUUUCUGUGUUGGUGUAAUGUACUCAGGUGAAUAUGAUGCUUGUGAUGUUACUCUGAGUGUAUAUCCACACCGGGCAAACUUGAAAAAUAUGCCUGACCACGGUGGGAAUCGAACCUACGACCUUUGGAAUACUAGCCCAAUGUUCUACCAACUGAGCUACGCGGUCUGGUCGGUUUGAGUAACUACUACUUACUUGAACAGACCAGACCACGUGGCUCAGUUGGUAGAGCAUUGGGCUAGUAUUCCAAAGGUCGUAGGUUCGAUUCCCACCGUGAUCAGGCAUAUUUUUCAAGUUUGUUUCUUUGUACAAUUUUGUUAAACCUAAACCAGGAUUUAAUCUAAACUACUAUAACGGGUAUACCAAUGCCGCUAGAGACCCAUCUUAUGUUGUUUCUCGAGGAAGACCAAGAAAUUUGUGUGAAAUUGAUUAACUAUUUCUCACUUUGACAAGAUUACAUCUCGGUUUGCUGGAGAAAGAUCUUGCUGACAGACAUAACAUUACUCAGCCAGAAGUAUCACAGAUAUUUGCCACCUGGAUUGACCGUUUGUGUCACUGUCUUGGAAUGCUGAGCUUUUUAACAGACCGUGAGACUCUGAAAAAGCAUUUACCAAAGUGCUUCAAGCCACAUUAUGAGGAUGUCUAUCUUAUAAUCGACUGUACAGAAAUUUUCAUUGAGAAGUCCUCACAAAUCAUACAACAAAGUUGUACCUGGUCUGAAUACAAAGGACACAACACAGGAAAGGGACUGAUUGCACUCUAACCACUUUUGCUACCAGUGUUUGUCUCAGAAAUUUAUCCAGGCAGUAAAUCAGAUGAGGACAUUGUAAAAGAUAGUGGAAUCCUUUCCCUUGCUCAAGUGGGAGAUAGGUGGCAUGCUGACAAAGGAUUUAUGGUGCAGCGUAUUCUAGAUGCUUAUGGUGUGAUUGUAGAUACACCAGAGAAACUGUCAAACAAGAAGCA